AUGAGCUGUGGAAAUGAUUUUGUGGAAACUCUUAAGAAAAUUGGAUAUCCAAAAGCUGAUGAGCUUAAUGGAGAAGAUUUUGACUGGCUGUUUGAGUUGUCGGAGGACAAAUCGUUUCUGGAGUGGUUUUGUGGAAAUGUAAAUGUGCAGAAUGUGGUAUCUAAAAACGAACUGCAAGAUUUUGAUAGUCUUCUUGAGUCUGGUAAGCCCAUUUUGGAAGGAAAUGCACUGGAUGAAGUCCUUAAAACAUUGAAGCUCACGGAUUCAAAGAACAGUAGCCAAGAGGAGGAGGAAGAUGAGGAGGAACUGAAGAGAUUAGAGGAUGAACUUCAAACUCUUCAGAAGUUAAAAGAACUUCAAAUUCAUCGGCAUAACAAGCUUCAAAUGAUGGUUUCUGCAAACAGCCGUAUGUUACAAACAUUAAAAAGCAGAGAGGAGGAAGCACAUAAAGAUUUGAAAGAAGGCCUGGAAGUGUUUACUGCAGCAAAUAAGAAGCUUAGUAAUGAACUGCUGUCUCUUACGGAUGCAGCUAAGAAACUGGCCUCUUUCUUCACUGCUUCAGAUUCAGAACAAGGAUCAAGUGCACCUCCGGUGUUUUUUUCCCAACUUUCUUUGGACAAGUAUUUGUCUCAGGAAGAACAAAGCACUGCAGCACUUAUCUCAUGCAUAAAAAAACAUUUUUAUCAAGGUAUGUCUGAAUGGGUUGAAAAAUCACAUGAAGACAGCUUUCAGCUUGUGGAUAUAAGCAAACAAGUCACUUAUGAUGAGACUAAUGAAGUUUGUGAAGAGAGUCAAGAGUUGGCCAGGCUCCACACAGCGUAUAUUUGUGCUCAACAUCAGCUAAUUCAGAUGCAAGUUAAAGAUGAGAUCAUGAAUUCAGCUAUAAAAUGUGCAGAGAGCAUCCUGCAGUCGUUGAACACGGGUAUUGGAAAACAGGAAAACCUUGUUGCCAAGAUAUCUCGUUUAAAUGAUGAAAUUUCAACAAUUAGACAAGAAAUAAUUCAGAUAAACAAAGAGCUGCUUCCCCUUCUGAAGGAGAAUGCAUGCCAUUUGAGUGCACCAGUGGUGAAAGUAUACUUGGAUUGUCAGAUUGCUCAACAGGACUAUCGUGCUUCAAGACAAGAUGAAAUAUGUAGGCAUUUGGUAAGACAGAAAGCAUCAUUUGAACUUAUUGAGCUAGCCUAUGAAAUGGAAUUGAAGAAACACAAGGAGGUCUGCUGUCAACUUGAGAAUUUAGUAGAAUCUCUGAAACAGAGCAGUAAUGAGUUGCAAGAGAGACUACGGGUGAUAUCUGAGCAAACUCAACAUGCCAAGCCAAGAAACACUAUUAGUUCAAAGGAUGGUUUCUCUUGCAGGCUAUAUCAGCUUCUGGAAGGAGAAAAUAAACAGCAAUUGUUUAAAACAUACAAAAACUUGGAGAAGAUGGCUCAGAAGUUAAAGCAGGACUGUGCUACAGUACAAGAUCAGCUAGCAGCAUCUUCUCAAGAACAGUCUCUCCUUUUGUCCAAGCUAAAAAGUGAUGUAGAUACCCUUCAUGAUGCUCUGUAUCGUGGAGGAAAUGAGAUACAACUCAGUAGUUGGGAACUUACUGAGCAGUUUCAUCAACUGGAAGUUGAUUUAAAUAAAUUAAAUCAACUCCUUAUGGAUCUGAUUGCUGAUGUGAAGUCAAAGAGAAACUUUUUAGAGUCGAAUAAGCUGCAUCAGAUGGAAAGAAACUUGUAUGUGUAUUUUUUCAAAGACGAAGACCGCUUGAAAGAGAUGGUGGAGAAGCUUGAGCAGCAGUCUAAGGCUAAAGCCGGUGGUCUGGAAGAUUAG